UGCAGAUAGGUGGCGAGUGCUGCUCGGAGAACAGACAGCUCCGCGAGGAGGCGCUCAGACCUGCUGCCGGAAAACCGAGCCGAGACACCGGGAGAAAUACCGGGAGGAACCGGGGGUGAAACAGUGGAAACAGAGCCCUGCUGCCGGACACCAGCAGCGGGACUCACUCAGACAUCACGAGACUGACAUCGGGACUCACAGUGAGGGUCUCACCGACUGUCCUCCGCGGGAGAAUCAUUCUCUCUCUCCGCUGUUCCGGACCUGGAUUAUCUGCUGGUUGUGAGGCGGCGGGACAGCUCCAUGAAGCCGGACAGCAUGGCGGAGGAUCCCCGCGGGAAGAGAAGAAAGCAGGCUCACCCCCGGAGACAGACCGUGUCCAGUUAUGAUCACGUGCCGUCGGGCUCUGAGACGGGAAAGGACGACCGGACCCUUUCUGAUGACCUCCCUAAUGGGGGAGGAGUGGGGAGGGGGGGCGAGGAUGAGGUUCCUUCCCCCCGGGUCGCCCCCGCCCUGCUGUCAUAUAGAGAGGGGGGGGGCAGCGAGGGGCUGCAAGACCCCCUUUGGAGAGGAGACUCCAACACACACCUGGACGGGACCGGUGACAGGAGAGAGGAGUGUGAGGCUGAGGAGGGAAUCAGUGCAGAGCAUCUGGACGUCUCGGAGCUCGAUGACUUCUUCCUGAACCGUAACCAGGAUGGCGAUGGAGACGGUCACCCGGCAAACAUCACCGAGUACCUGCAGCGCAGCAACACCGCCAUCAUUUACCCAGAAGCCCCAGAGGAGCUGAUACGCCAGGGAACACCUGAGGCCGCCGGGCAGGACGAGAGCGAGCACGAUCUCCUCUCAGGUUCGACAGACGACUUCUCGGCGCUGCUCACCUGUCCGUACUGUGAUCGAGGAUACAAACGCCUCUCCUCUCUGAAGGAACACAUCCGGUACCGACAUGAGAACAUCCAGGAGAGAGAGAGACUCAGCUGCCCCACCUGCAGCGACACCUUCAGUCACCGAGCUCACCUGGAGCGUCACAUGACCAACCACCGACCAACCACAGAGCAGUCGCUGCUCGGUGAGGCGGCAGGAAACAGGAAGUUCAAAUGCAGCGAGUGUGGGAAAGCCUUCAAAUACAAGCAUCACCUGAAGGAGCACCUGCGCAUCCACAGCGGGGAGAAACCAUACGAGUGCUCUCACUGUAAGAAGCGAUUCUCUCACUCCGGAUCUUACAGCUCCCACAUCAGCAGCAGGAAGUGUAUCGGCCUGAUCUCCCAGACUGGAUCCAAACCUGGAUCCAGACCAGGAUCCUCCCCCAGCUCCAGUACCUCCUCCCCGGGGAGCCCAGCCCUUGCACAGCUGAGACACAAGCUGGAGACCCGAGGGCCCGUCGAUCCCCCAGACCAGCAGCCUGACAUCAAGGCUGAGCCGCUGGAUUUCAAUGAGUACCGGCUACUGAUGGCCUCCCAGCAAGGGUUUGGGGGUCCAGGGGUCUACUUGAAUGAGGGGGUCCACAGCUCCUCCCAGAACCCCCUGCAGGGCCUGGGUGGCCGAGCGGGGCUGGACCUGCUGGGCUUCUCCCUGGGGAACCUGUGCGAGGUCCAGAAGGUGCUCCAGAUCGUGGACAACACAGUUAGCCGGCAGAAGGUGGACGGGAACCCGGAGGAGGUCAAGAAGCUCCGGGCCUACAUGAAGGAGCUGGGGGACCAGAUGGAGGGGGGGGACAGUCCCACCAAGACCAUCAUGGACUUCACGAUGAAGAAGGUGAAUGAGGCCAGGAGCCUCAUUGAGUCCAAGAGGAAUUUGGUCUUCAAGAAGGAGAAGACCAACCACCCAGAGGGGGGGGAGCCAGACGGGCAGAACCAGUACCUGUUCUGCUGCCAGUUCUGUAAGCAAUCCUUCCUGGGGCCCAUCCCGCUGCACCAGCACGAACGUUACCUGUGCCGGAAGAACCAGGAGAUCCAGGCGGUCCUGCAGCCUGACAGCAGCCCCCCUGAGGGGUCCACCACCGAGACUGCCCCCAGCCAGCCCCACCCCUUCAAAGGCCAGUUCUCCCUGCUGAAGAACUACUUCGAUCUGAACACAGAGCCCAGCCACGACCAGCUGGUCCAGAUCUCCCUCGCAGUGGGCCUCCCGCAGGACUUUGUGAGGGAGUGGUUCUCCCAGUGGAAGAACCAAAGCCAGCAGGGAGGGGGUCUGAAGAGGAAGACCCCGACCCCCGACCUCCGCCCGUCCCCCGUGAUGCACUUUGCUAACGGAGACGCCUCCCAUAGACUCAGUAAGACCUCUAGGCCGACCGGGGGGGACAGAGACCCUCUGGACCCCCUGAGGACCAACACUCCCUCCCCCCUCAACCUGUCCUCCACGUCCUCCAAAACCUCCAGCUCCUACACCCCCAACAGCCUGGUCUCAGAGGACCCCCUCGGGGACUCCCCUCUGGAUCUGUCCCUGCCCAAACACCUGGUCCAGAAGCUGCUGUCCAAGAGGCCCCGGUUCAACGGGUUCAAUGAGGAGGGUCAUCUGGUCCACAUCAAGAAGGAGGUCCUGGUGUCAGAGGGGGUGGGGGGCUCCAGUCCCCUGUUUGGGAUGAAACCUUUCUCCGGGGGUCCGGUCUACACCUCGCUGCCCCUUAACGGAGCGUUCCCUCCACCCAGCUUCCUGUCCUCGGGCCAGGUCCCGGGCCUCAGUUCGUACCCGGGGCUGGACCCCCUGAGCUUCCUGCCCCACAUGGCCUACAGUUUCAGCUCCUUCAAUGAGAUCCAGCAGAGGAGGAAGUACCAACGGAAACCCUGCUUCCAGGUGGAGCUGCCUGGAGGGGACUUCCUGCUGGACGAUGUGUCAGACAGGAAGCUGAAGAAGACAGAAAGCGGUACGUACGCCUGUGAACUCUGCGACAAAACAUUCCAGAAGACCAGUUCCCUCCUCAGACACAAAUAUGAGCACACAGAAACUGCCACAGAAAGUGGUCCUGCAGCUGCAACAAGCCCCCCAUCAUCCACUGAUGCAGACUUGAGACAAGGUAAGCGCCCCCAUCAGUGUGAGAUCUGUCAGAAGGCGUUCAAACACAAGCACCACCUGAUCGAGCACUCCCGCCUGCACUCCGGAGAGAAGCCCUACCAGUGUGACAAGUGCGGGAAAAGGUUCUCCCACUCCGGAUCCUACUCCCAACACAUGAACCACCGGUACUCCUACUGCAAGAGGGAGGCCGAGGAGAGGGAAGCCGCCGUGAGGGAGGCCGGGGGGGGGAAGGACACCCAGCUGCUGAUGAGGAGGGUCCUCCUGCAGGGGGGGGGGAGAUACCCUUACCCAGAGGAACCAGAAGAACCAGGUCUCAAUAAUGCUAUCCUGCAGGGGGAAGAGUACCGGGACCCCGAGGAGGAACCAGAGGGCAGAGACACCCUCCUGAGGGGGGAAGAGGACAGACUGGAAGCGAUUUUCAGGGAGGGAGGCGAGGAAAAGGAGGGGGAGGAAGGAGGCCGGAGGGAGUCUGCGGAAGGCAAGGAUUCGCUGAGAGAAAAGAGUUCAGGAGAAAGGAAGACAGACGGGAGGUCGGACCAGGAGGACUGAGACAAGAGGGAACAUGCUUUGUUUUGAAGGGGCUGUACUGGGACGCUGAGGGGAGCAGAGAGAGAUGAGACUUUUAUUUUGUAAUCCAACCAUCAUUAUAGUUCAUCUUCUCCUAAUUUACAGAAAUCAAAUAUCAGAAAAGAACUGCAGAAUUCUUUUACAUUUACUGUGCUGGUUAACAAGAAGCAGAACGAAAGUCGAAACGUGACGUAGAACAUUCAUCAGGUUCUGCAGAAAUGAAACCUCGUUAUUUGAAUGUUGUUGCUCUAAAACAAAAGGAACUUGAUCAACAAAUCCAUCGCUUUACAUGUUUCACUAUUUUCUGACUUUAAUCCUCCAAACUGUUAAUCAGACCAUAGUCCUUUGUUUAAAAGAGAGAAGCAUUAAGAGUUUCAGUUUUUUGUUCAAACCUGAAAGCUAACUCUUGUUUCCACCGUUAGCUAACAUGCUAUGAUAACCUAUGUCUUAUUUUAGGCAUGCAGCUCAUGCUAACGUUAGCAAUGUUGCUAUUAAUUCAGUGAGUCGUCACUACGUCAGAUAUUUAUCAGAUAAAAGGCACUAAAGAAGAUAGCAUUAGAUAUCUCAAACAGGUACAUCUGGUUUAUUAAUCUGAAUAAGAGUGAAAUAUCAUUUACAUUUAGCGAUGAAACGAGAGAAUUUCUGCUUCAAACCGUUUCUCAGCUCCAGGUUUGAUCAGAUAUUUAAAAAGUGAUGCAAAGGGUGAAACCUGAUUAGCAAUAAAGUUCAUUGAGUUAUCAAGAUUAAUUACCCCGAUACCUCUGUACAGUGCUGAGUCAGGAAGCUGGGUGGGGUUGUUUAAAAAUCCACAUUAUGCAAGAAAUAAAGAGUAAGUAGUAAUGCCGCUGGUUAUAGUGAGCAGUGUUAAUGUACAGUGUUAAGGCCUGAAGCCGUGUGGUGCUACCAUGUUCUUAACGUGUCCCGUGUGUUCAAGCCCCAACUUCAGGAAAAUGCACUCAAGCCCAGAAUCACUACAAAAAUAAAAAAAUAAAAGAGGAAACGGACACACGGCCACUUCCUGUCAGUGUUAUCCUUUUAAUGUCUCUUACUGUGACCUUUAUUUGACCCUGUUUACUUUGCAAACUCACCACACCACCUUGGGCCUCCGACUUCCUUUAAUGUGAAGGAACAUUAAACCUGUGUGAUUUUCAAAAUAAAAUUUCAACGUGAGUCUUAACGAGGAGAGGGAGGGAGGUGGGUUAUCCAGAGAAAGCCUUGCCCCCCCCCCCCUCACACCUGUGAAGUGCCAUCCCUGUACACACCUGUCCUCACACACACACCUGUGCUGUCCUGACAUACACUUUUCCUCACACACACACCUGUCCUCACACACCACUGUCCUCACACACCUGUGCUGUUACCUGUCUCACCUGCGUGGCUCAGUGUUAGCUCUUAGUUUACAUUUUCUUGUGCAAUUCUAUGUAUUUUGUUCCAUGACAGUAUUUUUUGUCAGUAUUAAUUUGUUUUGUUAAAUCUUCCAACUGAAAUGUAUUUUUUGGUUUUUAUUUGAGAAUUUACCGUAUUAUUUAUGUGACUCAUUUUAUAUUUCCUAAUGGUAUUUAUUUCCUACUGUAGAUUACAGUGGUGGUUCCUCACAGAAAUGUUUCAGUAAAGUGAAAUGCCUCUCUGGAAAAUUCUUUUAUUUCCUUUGAAAUCAAAGGAAAUUCUAAGUUUGGGGAACUUUUAUAUGAUUAUUGUGAAAACACUGUAUUUUUUAAGUUUAAAAAAAUCCACUUUAUUGAUCGCACUGCGGAGGAACCAAGGACUGAUGAAGGUGACGAUGAAGGAAAUGCCUGAAGUAUUGUUGUUGUUGUUGUUGUUGUUGAAUUCUUAAUUUCUCUUGGAAAUGACCAUGCUCCAUUAAAUGUAGCCAAAUUAAAUUUUAAUAAAAUGUGUUAUUCUU